AUGCACCACUGGGACAUAAGUUUUCCACCGCCUCUCACACACCACAUUGGAAAGGGGGUACGACAAGGCGACAGUAUACCGCCGAAACUGUUCACGGGUGCAUUACAAUGGAUAAUAAAAUCACUUUUAUGGGAAGAAAAGGGUGUACUUGUUGAUAGAAGAUUCCUCCCCAACCUUCUUUUUGCGGAACGCAUCGUUCUCUUUUCGCGAAGUACCGAUGAAGCAGAAACGAUGCUCAAGGAAUUGAACGAAGCAAGGAAGAACAUAGGACCGCGAAUGAACAGAAAGAAGACACAGGUCAAAAAGAAUGCCUACUGCGAGGACGGAGGAGUACAACUUGGAGGCUCCCAAAUCGUGGGAACUUCGUCAUACGUAUACCUCAGACGUUCUAUGAACAUGGAAAACGACUUGAAGGAAGAACUGAAUACAAGGAUGAGAGCAGCGUGGGCAGCAUUUGCACUCGUCAGAGAAGCUACGGACCAACGGCGGAAACCUCGUGCCAUCUAUUACACUAGGCAGCUUUCCCAGUGCUAUGUUACGAAGCGGAGACCUGGGCAGACACCGCUGCCACGUUUGGGAAACUACUCACUACACAGAGCCCUUGAGAGAUGUCUCCUGAAGUUUAACCGAGGCACACAACACCUAGCCGGCCUUCGAAGCGCAUAA